GCGCCAAGCUGCGCACACGAGGAUGAUCUCGUCUGCCCGGAGCCAACGGAGUCGUCUCCCCGGUGGUAUGCAGAUGUGAGAGGCCAGUCGCAGAGACACCGGCUGCUCCCGGGGCCCACGGGCAGGAGGGGGUCCUCCCGUUAUAAGCGCGGCGCGCGGGCCAUCGCCCUGCAGUCCGCACACCGCAGCCAUGGCCACCAGAAGCGGCCCACCGGCCGUGCUAGCGCUCCUGUACGCGGCGGCGUUCUUGUCAGCUCCGACGAGCGCCGAAGAAGUGAGAGAGGAGACUGGCGGUGAGGGCCGCGGCCACUUGCUAGUGCCGUACCACCAGGCGAACACGGCGCUGCUGCACAGGGCAGCUGCCAUCACUGGGGUCGUCCCAGACUCUGCGGCUGUGGUGGCGGCCGCCUCUCUCCAGCAGCGACCACAGACGCCGGACCAGGAGCAGCCGAAGCCGGCGGGUCCAGCCCAGCUGAACGACGAGCCGCCCCAGCAGCACUCUCAGGGUGGACAACUCGCAGCGAAGUUGGCAUCGCACGGUAACCAUCCAGAACUCACAGGAGUGAUAUUCCGCAAUCAUAAUCACCAAGAACCGUCUUCAUUGGCACCGGUGGAAGAGCCAUUCCAGAAACAGCAAAUCCCAGUCAGCGCCGACUCAACUGGGGCACUGCCUCACCAUACUGUGCCCAAUAGACCGUCGCCACAUCACACACCACAACAGGCCCCACACCUGGCCGCCAUAGCAGUAGCCCCACCUCCACAUUUCCAACAGAGCUUACCAGAGACUGUGAAGGCUCCAUACCAUCAUGUCCAGCACCAACCCGCACAGACUGUGCAAGCUGCACUUCCACCACAACACCCAAUGUCGGCGCAGCAGUCUGUCCUGCAACUCCAACAAAUUCUUGACCGCCAAACAGGAGCAGAGGUGGUACCUGGCAGGAGGACCCCAUAUCUCCCAUCUCCUGCAGCGGCAGCGCCUAAGCAACUUGUCCAUCGAGGGUCACCGGUAGGAGAAGAAGCACCUUCCAGACAGACUCCAUAUUUUACAUCACCGGCAACUCUGGCUCAGAAGCGACCUGCUCAACAUGUUCCACAAGUAGUGGAGGCAGAAUCUUCAUUCCUGCCACGCCGAACAGCUGCAGCUCUCAAGGAGCACGCCCACCAUAAUCGUCCAGCGGCGGGGGCCGCUUCGUUCCACCACAUCCACCACAUAGUGCCUGUUGCCGCCACUCUCCCACUCCAUCACUUUUCACACCACUCAGCGUAUAUGGGAGCUGCGCCACUUCAACAUGCCCAUCACUCUGUACCUGCAGCCGGAGCAGCAUCACACCAUAAGGCCACUCACGCAUCGUCUGGAGCACAUGGUGGAGGCGGCCACGGCGGGUCGGGCGCUGGUGGGAAGUCGAGCGGUGGCUCGUCGGGGAGCGGCGGCUCGUCACACCACUACAAAGAGUCGGGAGAGAAGGGUUCGUCAGGCAGCGAGAAGUCCCAGCAUUCGUCAGUCGUGGAGAAAGGAGGCGGAAGCAGCCACAGCGAAAGCGGUGGGCACGCGUCACACCACCACAAGCAGGACGGUGGCGCGCACGGCCACAAGUACAAGGGCGGUGGUCACACAGGCGACAACGCCUUCUCCAAGGGAUACCGCGACAAGUACCACAAGGACGAGCACCACCACCUGGACGACUUCUGGAGCAACGGCCAGGAGAAGGGCGGCUACCACAAGUACGGAGAGCACGGCUCCCACUUCAGCGAGAAGGGCAAGAAGAAGGAGUCCGCCAAGAAGGCAACGAAGGGCGGCUCGGAGGGAAAGCACGGGUCUGCCGGGAAGAGCGCCAAGGGCCACGCGACCAGUGACAAGAGCGGCCACGCCGCCCACGGGGGGCGCUCCAGCUCACACGAGCACUCGUCGCACUACGCCAAGAAGGGCGGCCACUCCUCGCACAAGAAGACGUCGGGGGGCAAGCAGUAGGCGGCGUUCUGAAGGACAACAGUUGCGCCGCCAAAGACUCGCUGUGGCGAGGCUCAAGAAGGUUCAAGCACGGGGUACCCAGGUCCCUAAGUGUAGUGUGAUGUUCUGCAGUCCACUGGCAGCUGGAUGGGAAUGGGGAGUGGGGUCAGAGAACGGACUCACUGACGAUUUAGUUUAAAAAAAGUAGCGUCCUGAAUCCACCAAAAGCUGCUGUAAUAUGCUUGUAUUUGGCAGCAAACAGUUUUCUUCAGGUCACCUAAACAUUAAGGGAAAUCUGUAAGUAAUAGUAGUACAUGGCAAAAUAAUUAAGGUGAACUUUUGUGUGUAUCAGAUACUCAUGGAUAUCUCUACAUCACGUUAAUGGAAGACUUCUUGGCGUCAAGCACACAACUGUUGAGGAGCAGCAUCUAAAUUAAAGUUAAAAAUACAGUAUGCAUAAAGACAUUAAAAACAUAGUAUACAUAUAAAAACAAGUUAUAGACACAGGAAAAUAUGACGUGAGUGUGUGUUAGUUAUAUAUGGUGGGCAAAAUAAAACUAGCCCGCAAAACUAUUUCAUGCACCUUAAGGUAGGCAGCCCAACUUACGUCAUCCACCCCAUGAGCAGAUGUUAUCAGUUGGGUUGCAUAUCUUAAGGUGCACGAGAUAGGUUUGCCAGCCAGUUUUAUUUUGCACACCUUCUACAUGCCCCUGUUAUCCUAUUCGCUUUUCUGCUAGUUACUAAGUGUACAAUUUAACAGCACAUUGCACUGUUCCACAUACUGUCACACAGAGGUUGUAUGAUAAACUGACGACUGAGUCAGCCGAUGUUCGCUUUGAUGUGAGUGCAGCGAUAUUGCUUAUAAGUUACGACAAUAAUGGCAGCUUCAUGAGAGAUGCAUAACUUAUAAUAUCUGUGUCCUUGCUGGUGGACAACGAAUAAAACUUAGAAAACAGAGAAAGCCACAUUGACCUUCCGACCUUCAGAUACACAUGCUCCAAUGUGUCUACAUAUAUAUGCCCCCCGUGUGUAAACGGAAGGCAACCUCCGAAGUAAUGCUGCUGUCAGAAGAUGGCACAGAGGCAUGCAACAUCAAACGGCCGGAGGUGCGAUGACGGCAGUGAAUUAGCAAGACUCCUGACCACAGCAUCGGGCGGCGACAUACAAUGCAAAAAUUAGGGUGCCUGGUUUCACAGGGCAAGACACGCAAAAUAACCCUGUGCGCCCAGUGUGGAUGAGAUAGAUCGUAUCAGCAUUGUCUGCCCCAACACGCAAAGGUAGGCAGUAAGAAGUUUGCCUACAGAGUGACGCCACAGGCUCGAACCGUAGUCGAUCAGAGCAGGAGCCCGGCAGGCCUAAAGGUGGCCCAUUAGUUGGCGUAUGGAAAGUUGUCAGCAUUUAGGUCAACGUGAAGAGUGGGGCCGCAACAACACACGGAAGACUCUGGAGGCGCAGACUGGUUGAUCCUCCUUGACUGUCGUAGGUACCCCCUUGGGGCUGGUGGCAGACUGCAAUCCUUCUCACCGGAAACUUUUACAGGCUCGGAACGUCUCUGUUUCGUUAAAGUACCACUUUUCAUCACAAAAGCCACAGAUGGGGCAUGAAGCAACCGGGUCACCCACACUACCGUGGUCCUCCCUUUCCGCUGUGUCUGUGUUAUUUCGGCUCUGGUCGCUGUACUUAUCUGUUGCAUACGGUAACUGUCUCGACGCCUCGCCUCGGAGACAGUACUUGUCAUAUCAGCAGAUAGCCAUCGAUGUAACUUUGUCUGGCGGGCCUCAACUGAUCGAUUUCUGCAUUGGCCAUGGCAGGUGUCUAAAUUUUACUCAGCCGUGUCAAGUAAAUUAAGUGCAGCGUAGUAAUACAAAUGUAUAAUAUUUUUAAUGUCUUUUCGCAUACAGUAUUUUUGACCUUGAUUUAGGUGCUGCAAUUGAUGAUAAUUAUGUACUUGUCGGCAAGGAACCUUCCUUUAACCCAUUGUAGUGGUAUCCCCGUUUAUCUGCUGUGCAGAGUAGCUCAUCUUAGUUAUUGUGUCGUGAACUAUAUCUUAUACAUUUCUGUUAAUAGGUGGGUGACUUGAAGAUUGUUGCUCUACCAGAGUUGUUUGUCGAUAAACAAAUACAUAUUACAGCGGCUUUUGAUAGUUUCGUGAUGCCGUUUUUUUUAAAAUACUUUGAAACUGUGCGGCUCUAUUUAGAAAAUGAUCUAGUUUAAGCUCGCGCUAUCUCACCCUAAUGGCGUUUAACCCAGUGGACCUUCAUUCACGAGAUAUCGUCCUCGAAAAGCGGAUGAAUGAAUUUACUA